AUGCUCAACCAGCUGUCUGCUGCCGAAUGGUUGUUAUUAGAACAUGGCGCGUAAUAGAUGGUGGAAGUUGGAGAAGUUAAGUUUCGUUUGUUUAUUACUCGUGUUUAGCGUGUGUUGUGUUUAUAGUGAACAAUCAGAACAACUGUCUACUCGUUCGCCAAAAUCAUUAAAAGCUCGCACUAUUGCUCAUAAUCUUAAACAUGCAAAUAGAACUUUAGGAACUAGUACUUUUCAUUUAGAAGGUGUUGACCUACGUUCGAAAACUUUUUUAGCUUUUACUAGCGAGGAAGGUGCUACUGGGACUCCAUGUAAUGAAAGUUAUUUUGUUUUAAAAGAUGUAUUGAUGACAUCUUCUGGAGAUAUUCAGGUAAAUGCUUCUGAAUAUUCUUUGCUCACAACUUCAUGGCAUCUAUGCAUGCGACAACAUCCACCACUCAAUGGGAAAUGGAUUCAUAUUGGAAAAUAUGAAACAUACCCAUCGUCAAAAAUUAAAAAAAGAAGUAAAGAAAAAAUCUUGGCUUCUCAAAACCAUGAUCAAAAGAUUUCCUCAAAUGCCUUAAUGUCGUAUGACAAUGAUAUUAUUGGCACGCAAGUAUAUGGACUACGAGCUGAAGGGGAUCGUGUGUAUAUUACUGAAGAAGGUUUCACUAAAGUUCCAGCAAUGGUCAACUUUACGCUUCGGUUGUUUGGGAUUCGUUUUUCGAAUCAAACAGAAAUAGCCUUCACAACGGAUAGCGUAAUUCACCCGGACAAACACUGUGAAAACAUAGCGAAAGUUGUUAAAAUUGCCAACAAGAAUGUUUUAUCAGAACAUGUGUUGGAAAUUGAAAUUUCUCUUCCCAUAUUAGAAGAUAGUGAUAGUUACUUCAUUUGUGUUAAAGAAACGCGUGAAAAAAGAGAAGUCACCAUGUGGAUUCACCAAGGGAAUGACCCAUGGUUUCGAAUAGAACCCUAUGGUCGUCUCUUACCUAUGUGGCUCCAAAUUGCUAUCAUUUGCUCUCUUUUAAUGCUAUCUGGACUUUUUAGUGGUCUCAAUCUCGGUCUGAUGGCCUUAGAUCGAACUGAGUUACAAGUCAUUGAAAAUUGCGGAUUAGAAGAUGAGAAACGUUACGCCCGAAUCAUCGCACCGUUACGCAAGAGAGGCAAUUAUUUGUUGUGUUCGCUUCUUUUAGGUAACGUCUUAGUUAACAAUUCACUGACAAUAUUGUUGGAUGAUCUCACAUCUGGAAUUAUAGCCAUAGUUGGUUCAACCAUAAGUAUUGUGAUUUUUGGGGAAAUAAUCCCUCAAGCAAUAUGCUCUCGGCAUGGUCUUGCAAUCGGUGCAAAAACAGUGUAUAUUACAAAAUUUUUCAUGCUUGCAACAUUUCCUUUAUCUUUCCCUAUUAGUAAAAUUUUAGAUUGUGUUCUCGGGGAGGAGAUAGGAAAUGUUUAUGACCGAGAAAGGCUUAUGGAAUUUAUUCGCGUUACUAAAGACUACAAUAAUUUAGAAAAUGAAGAAGUCAAUAUAAUAUCUGGAGCUUUAGAGCUGAAGAAGAAGAAAGUGACUGAUGUUAUGACACAAGUUGAUGAUGUGUUUAUGGUGCCUUAUGAAGCCAUUCUUAAUUUUGAAACUAUGGCUGAAAUAACGAGAUCUGGAUAUUCUAGAAUACCUGUUUUUGAAGGGAAUCGCAACAAUAUUGUUGCUUUGCUGAACAUUAAAGACUUAGCGUUUGUCGAUCCUGAUGAUAAUUCACCGCUUAGAACUCUUACAGCCUUUUAUAACCAUCCAAUUAAUUAUGUAUUUGAAGACUGUACUUUAGAUGUUAUGCUGAAUGAAUUUAAAAAAGGACGCUCUCAUAUGGCAUUUGUUCGACAUGUAAAUAGCUCUGGAGAAGGUGAUCCAUUUUAUGAAAUACUUGGUGUUGUAACUCUUGAAGAUGUCAUAGAAGAAAUAUUACAAUCUGAAAUAAUGGAUGAAACUGAUGUACUAACUGACAAUCGAGGGAAACAACGACGAAAGGAAACACAACAAAGACAAGAUUUCUCUGAAUUCUGUAAAAUCGGUGGAGGCCAGCAAGGAACUACUAUUGUAUCGCCUCAACUUGCAUUGGCGGCGUAUCAGUUCCUUUCAACAUCAAUCGAACCCUUCAGGAAUAAUUACCUUUCUGAAACAGUACUGAAAAGACUUCUUACCCAAAAUAUAUUCUUCAAGUCAAAACAAGUAAAGGAUGGUCCGAAUUCUAAUGGUAUAUUGUAUCAAGCUGGUAAACCAGCUGAUUAUUUUGUGCUUAUUUUGGAAGGCCGAUGUCGUGUGACUGUUUGUAAAGAAAACUUAGUUUUUGAAACUGGGCCUUUUAGCUACUUUGGAAUACCUGCAAUCACAGUUACUGUUAGCCCAGAUGCCUCAUCACAACAAGCACGUGGACAAAGUUUAUCAAGUAUAUCUGUUGCAUCAGCUGUAACAACUGAGAAUCCAACUUUAAAAACCUUCAAUCCUGACUAUACUGUAGUGGCCAUAACAGAAAUACUUUAUAUGAAAAUUCAUUGGGCUGUGUACUUAGCUGCUUAUAGAGCUACAUUAAUGGAAAGACACCAUAAGUUAGACCCUGAACAAAUAGAAAUAUUUCACAACACAUGUUGGGAUCAAAGUGUCUGGAUUCCUAAAUCUGGAUCAUUAAAUCGAUUGCCAGCAUGUUCUAGUUCCAAUAGUGAUAAUUCCUCCCAAUUUAAUAAAAAAUGGAUUCAGUCGAGUCCUCUUGUGAACAGAACUGCAUCUGUUGAUAAUGAUGCUGUAACAAGGCGUGCCAGUGUGGAAGUGGGCUGUAUAAGUCGUCCUGGAGUCUCAGGAAUUGAUUGUGUUUUAAAAAAACAAAAAAGUAAAGAGUCCUUAUCAAAAGUAAAUGCUCUAAAUACUUCAGAAAUUCCAAUGAUUGAUAUGCCUCAUAACUUAAAUAGUGUUGUUGAAGAUGAACAUUGUGAUUCAAUUGAAGUCUGUGAACAUUUGAUACAAGAUGGUGUAAAUGAUAAAAAGAAAAAUGCUGUUAAUGGAUCUGCAGAACAAAGUAAUGAACGAACGAGGCUAUUAUUUCCUUCAGAGGCCUAAUCUUUUGUUAAAGAAUAAUUUUUGAGGCAUAAAAAUAGUUCUAUUCUGUAAUUUUUCUGUUACUGUGUUAGUUCUGCUGUUUAAAUUGUUUAAAAAAAUUGUUAUUUGGCAUCGUUAGAAAAAUACAUAUCAUAUAAACUACUUUUUAUAUCAUUAACAUUUGUUCAUGUGUAAAUUUGUUUUCCACUUUAGUCUUUGAAUCUCUGUUAUAGUUGUGUUUUCUGAUAUUUAUAACAAACUAACAUUAUUCCUUUCAAGGAACUUAAAAGUUUUUUAUUACACUGUUAAGAUUAGCUAGUUAAAUUAUUCAUACACAUUUUCAUGUGAAAAAAAUUAUUAGUAAAUAGAUCUUAAGUACUUUUGAUUAGGAAUAAUUUGAAAUCUUUUCUUUAAGUAAAAGUUUACUAAUAUUUAAAGACUUUUGUGCAAAUAAAAACAGAGUCUUUAAAUGCUUUACUUAACUGUUUUGAUUUGAUAUUUUAUGGUAUAAUAUUUAUACCCUGUUAUUUUUUUUUCUAUUAUAAUGGUAUAAAAUAAGAUAUUUUUAGUUAUACGUACUCUCAUUUGGUUGAUGCUCUAAAUAUUAUCUGUAAAAAAUUUUCAUAAAAUUUAGUUAAAUAUAUUAUGAAGAUUUUCUGUGUUUUUGUUUUAGAAUAACAUAACUAACGUGUCUUGUCUGUUAUAAAACAUUUAAGAUAUUUCUAUGUCUUAAUUUACGUGCAAAUGUUGUAUUAAUAUUUCAAUUGCUUUCACAGUAGGCAAUUUUCUGGAGUACAAAGCUUGUUUAAUAUGCUUUUGAAUUUAUGUAAAAUUUAAAAAUAUGUUAAAACUGCACGUUAGUCAUUAGUACUUUUGUGUUCAUGUGGCAAUACCGCAUUUGUUAUUUAUAUUUUGUCAUUAACUUUUGUUUCAAAAGAUCAUGCUCUAUUUUUAUCAUUUUGUUAACUUCACAUUGCACCUGUUUAAUACUCAUUAUCUUUGUUUUGAUUAAACUUUUAUAAACUGAUUUUAAUUUUGCACUCCAGUUCUAUGUAAUUUUCUAAGUUCAAUUUCACAAAAACAUACGCAGCUACAAAAUCCUCUAGAUUUUGCAAAUUUCUCAUGAUCUUGUCCAAUCAAAAUUUCACCCAAAUUUUCGCAUAUUUAAGAAAAAUUACCUCAAACUGAGGAAUUGAGAAAAAAUCUUUACACAAAAUGUCCUAGAACUCAGAAUAAUGAAAAUACAAAUUUUUUAAUAUCACAAAAAAUAAAAAUCCUUACAGCAAAAUGUCCUAGAACUCAAAAUUAUAGAAAUACAAAAUUAUGAAUUUUACAAAAAUUAAAAAUUAUAAUCAUUUUGAAUUCUGUCCUUAUCAUUAUGGUAUGUUUUUGUAUUUUAUUCCUAUAAUAAAUCCCUAAAAUUCCCUAGGCAUGAACCAUCUUAUAUGUUGUGCUGUGCACUAAUUUGCUGUUUUGUAAAAUUGAAACAAAAUUGUUUUGAACAUUUCACUUGUAUAUAUAAUAUGUAUUCAUAUUUAAG